GGGGGGGGGGCGGAGGGAGGGGUGGUAGAAUCAGCGGCCAUUCCCCCCCCCACUCUUCGCUCAAGAUGGAAGCGCCCGUAAAAGCGCUGCGUCAUGGCGAAGCCCUUCGGCCCCGGGAACCCUCCCCGACCGGAAAUGACUCAGGCGCGCCAUUCGGUCGCCCUUCCCCGCGGAGCCGGCUUGCGUUGGAAGGCCGACGGAGGACCCGUGGGCCCCUCUAGGUGAGGGAUUGGGUCGAGGCGCCCCGGUCCAGCCCGCUGCGGCUCAGCAUCUUUUGUGCGGCGGCUGAGGGGGGGAGCCUCGGGUUUUGGCGGGAAGCGCCGGCUGAGGCGAGCAGUGCCCGUUUUCCUGCCUGACGCUUCAUUUUGCGGGGUAGGGACUGUGUCGAAGGCAGGAAGGGGGCCGUUGCCGUCCCGCCGCCCUGAUUCUCCGCCGUCCAAAAUGGCGCCUCUCCCGUAUCCCCUCCCUUCCCCCCGCGGAGAGCAGAGAAUGACAACAGCCAACGGACGCGCUCCUACUGCCGCCCCGCCCCCGCUCGGCGCGCGGGCCAAUCGGGAGGGAACGAAUGGCAGCGAGGCCCAAUGCGCGGGCCGGCCGCCGGACUAGGGGGCGCUGGAGGGGGCGGAAGGCGGAAGAGUGAUUGACCCCAGUCUCGUCCAAUCGCGGAGCCCCAUUGUCCGGGGUCCCGCCCCAUGCGAUCUGUCGAGGCUGCGAACGGGCGUGGCUGGGCGGGAUGGUGACGUCAGCCCCUGUCUCGGCCAAUCGGGGAGCCGCGGGCGUCUAUAUAAGGGCGGUCAGAGGCAGGCCGAUAGGCGCCAUUUCGUUGUAGCGAAGGAAGGAUCCUGCUCUGCGCGCGAGGAAGCCAGCGCGAGUGGCGGGGAAGAGGGGGCGGACUCUAUCCGGAGACAUCGUCGCCGGCGGGCCCCAAUCGCCAGCCGCCGCUGUAGCCACCAGUCGGAUCCUCCUCCCGGCUUCCGUAGCGGUGGCCGCCCCCGCCCGUCCCACCCUUUAGGGAGAGCCCGCCGGCCGAGGCGGAGCGCGGCUACCGUAGUCCCCCUACAAUCCACUGCCAUCCGCGGCGCCGCCCUCCACGAUCGGCCCGGCUCCCGGCGCUUCCGGACGCGGCGGCUACCGGGACUUCGCGGCGCCCCGUAUUUCGUGCCCCGAGGCAGGCCGGCGUCCCCCCCGAGGCCUCGCGAGCGGGAACUCGCCUGCAGCGCCGCGCAGCUGCGGAGGCCGCCAUUUUCUGAGCUUUUGCGCCGCUCGGCCGAACGAGGAGCGGCAGGAGGAGGAGGAAGGAGACCCGCGCGCCCCGCCAUGCAGCGGCCCCUCCCGGCGAUGCCCCUGUGAGCCGCGCGCCCAGCAAGGUGGGGGGCUCCCCCGAGGCCACGGAGGCGCCGGCGGCGGCGGCAGCUGCAGCGGGACCCUCCCGGGAGAGAGCAGGAGGCGGCGGCGGCGGCGGCGCCUGCUGGGGAUCGGCGGCGGGGAUGCUGCAGAACGUGAACCCCAACGGCAAGCUGCUGGGCGAGGGCAAUGCGGGCCUGGUGGGCCUGGCGGUGGAGUCGGCUCCGGGGAAGCGGAUCCGCAAGCCGUCGCUGCUCUAUGAGGGCUUCGAGAGCCCCACCAUGGCCUCCGUACCGGCCCUGCAGCUGGCCCAGGCCAACCCGGCCCCUCCCGAGGUCUCCAACCCCAAGAAGCCCGGCCGGGUGACCAACCAGCUCCAGUACCUGCACAAAGUGGUGAUGAAAGCGCUCUGGAAGCACCAGUUCGCCUGGCCCUUCCGCCAGCCGGUGGACGCGGUCAAGCUGGGGCUCCCGGUAACCGGCCUUCCUUCCCCGGACUACCACAAAAUCAUCAAGCAGCCGAUGGACAUGGGCACCAUCAAGCGGCGCCUGGAGAACAGCUACUACUGGAGUUCGGCCGAAUGCAUGCAGGACUUCAACACCAUGUUCACCAACUGCUACAUCUACAACAAGCCCACAGACGACAUUGUGCUGAUGGCCCAGACGCUGGAGAAGAUCUUUCUGCAGAAAGUGGCCCAGAUGCCUCAGGAGGAGCAGGAGGUUGUCAUCACCGUGGCCAAGAACAGCCACAAGAAGGGAGCAUCCCGUGCAGCAGCCCUCCUGGCAGCAGCCAAUGCCGCUGCCCAACAGGUUCCGGCCAUCUCUUCGGUCUCCCACACUGGGUUGUUCUCCAGCAGCACAGACAUCCCCACCACGAUCAUCAGCAUCCCCCACCCUUCCGUCAUCUCCACCCCUCUCCUGAAGCCGCUGCACUCCACUGCUGCCUCCCAGCCGCUGCUGGCCGUCCCUGCGCCCACGCACCCGGUGACCAAGAAAAAAGGCGUCAAGCGGAAAGCGGAUACCACGACUCCCACGCCCACGGCCAUCAUUGCCACCAGCGGGGGAGAGUCUUCCCCCUCCGCUGCCAUCUUGGAGGCCAAGGCGGCCAAGAUUCCCGCCCGGAGGGAGAGCGGGCGCCCCAUCAAGCCUCCCCGGAAAGACCUGCCGGAUUCGCAGCAGCACCAGACGUCCAAGAGAGGCAAGCUUUCCGAGCAGCUCAAGUACUGUAACGGCAUCCUCAAGGAGCUCGUCUCCAAGAAGCACGCGGCCUACGCUUGGCCCUUCUACAAGCCCGUCGAUGCCUCCGCGCUGGGCCUCCACGACUACCACGAGAUCAUCAAGCAUCCGAUGGACCUCAGUAGCAUUAAGCGCAAGAUGGAGAACCGGGAGUAUCACGACGCACAGGCGUUUGCUUCUGAUGUGCGGCUGAUGUUCUCCAACUGCUACAAGUACAACCCUCCUGACCACGAUGUGGUGGCCAUGGCCCGCAAGCUGCAGGACGUCUUUGAAUUCAGCUACGCCAAGAUGCCCGAUGAACCCCUGAAUGUCAACCCCCCCUCGACAUCGCUCCCACAGCCGGGACUUCUGAUGAAGUCCUCCACAGAUGACUCAUCGAGCGACGAGGAGGAGGAGGAGGAUGACGACGAAGAGGGGGACGAUGACGAAGAAGAGGGAGAUGAAGAUGAGAGCAGCAGUGAGAGCUCCUCAGAUUCUGAGGAGGAGAGUUCGGACUCCGAAGAGGAGCGGGCCAAUCGGCUGGCUGAGCUGCAGGAACAGCUGCGGGCGGUGCACGAGCAGCUGGCGGCCCUCUCCCAAGGACCGGUAUCCAAGCCCAAGAAGAAGCGGGACAAGAAGGAGAAGAAGAAGAAGAAGAAGUCGGACAAGUGCAAAGCCAAAGUGGAAGACGACGAGGGUCGCGCUCACCCGGCCCAGUUGAAGAAGUCGAAGAAGGCUGGCGGUGGUGGUGGGAGCAAGAACGCCAAAAAGUCUGGCUCCAAGGCGCUGCCGCCACCUCCCCCGGUCCCCGUGCUCUUUGACUCGGAGGAGGAGGAGGAGAGCAAGCCCAUGAGCUACGACGAGAAGCGCCAGCUCAGCCUGGACAUCAACAAGCUCCCUGGGGAGAAGCUCGGCCGGGUGGUGCACAUCAUCCAGUCGCGGGAGCCCUCCCUCAGGGACUCCAACCCGGAGGAGAUCGAGAUCGACUUUGAGACCCUCAAGGCCUCCACGCUGCGGGAGCUGGAGCACUACGUCCUCUCCUGCCUGCGCAAGAAGCCCCGGAAGCCCUACAGCGAGACCCUGAAGAAGCCGGUGGGCAAGACGAAGGAGGAGCUGGCCCUAGAGAAGAAGCGGGAGCUGGAGAGGCGCUUGCAGGACGUCAGCGGGCAGCUGAACUCGGCCAAGAAGCCGCCCAAGAAAGCCAAUGAGAAGCCGGAGUCUGCCCAGCAGGUGCCCAUCUCCCGCCUGAGUGCCAGCAGCUCCAGCUCGGACUCCAGCAGCUCCAGCUCCUCCUCCUCCUCCUCGGACACAAGCGACUCUGACUCCAGCUAGGCGGCCGUGGGGCGAACUAGGAGGGACAGGCAGGCGGGAGGGAGGCCGGAAGAGGAGGCCGGUUCCGCAGGAUCGGAACCCGGAAGAGCGAGACGAGCGAGGGGCUCCCCCCCCCCUUCGGGGUCAGCACGGGAAGGCUCGGCCGCUGGCUCCCCUCUCCUCCCCACUGGACCGCGGUGGGGCAAGAGCAGGUCCCCCACCCCGUUUGUGCUUCGGUUGGAGGGGGGGCCCCCCGCUAGGACUGUGUACAGGUUGCUCUAGGAGGGAGCGGCUGCCUUGAACUCAAAGGCCUUUGUGUAGUUUUUAUCCGGCAUUUAGUGAGUUUUGAGUUUGGUGACGCUCCUUCUCCGGAGGGACAGAGACGGCCUGGGGCGGGAUGCGUCCUCCCCUCCAUGCUCCAGCUUUUGGGGCCCCUCCCCUCUCGGGUGGGGGAGGGGAGGAAAGGCGCCGCCGCCUCCUCCUCCUCUCACUUGCUCCUUGUCCCUCCCCCCCCAGCACUCGAGGUUCUUUAUUUAUUCCCCCUUCUCCCCCCUCCCCCCUCGUUGGCUCCCCUGGGACCCGGAGUGAGUGCAGCAGCCGUGUAUGUCCUUGGCACAAUUGCCACCGCAUGUUCUUUGCCCCUCGGGGCGGCUGCCUUUCGGAAGAGGAGGGGCGGCCCUCUUGAGUUUUUUACGUUGACUGUAUAUUUUUUCUACCGUUUCUUUUACUCCCACUUGUUCAUCUUCUAGGGCUCUGUUUCAUCUUACUGUAUGUUAAAAUCUGGUUCUUUAACAUGUAAAUAAAACAGAAAAUGGCA